AUGGGCAAAACCGCCUGCCGCCUCGGCUUUUCUCGCGGCUGGAGACGCGUCCCGACGUCCAGAUUCGACAACGCCGUGCUGCGAGAACUCCCACUGGACGCUGAGCCUCGCAGCGGCGUGCGCAGUGCCGUCCCUGGCGCGUGUUUCUCCCGCGUGACGCCCACGCCCAUCGCCAGUCCCGAGCUCGUGGUCGUUUCUCCUUCUGCUCUUGGUUUGGUCGGAUUGGAGCUCACGGACCACUUGAUAGAAACAGCUUCGAACCUCAAAACUGAUACUGGGGACCACGACGACAGUGGGGGGAACGAGGACGAAUCGUUUCAGUCCAUUGAGUUGCUUGUGCCGAUAUUGGCUGGAAACCAGUUAUUACCGGGCUCGGAGACUGCUGCGCAGUGCUAUUGUGGCCACCAAUUUGGGUACUUCUCGGGCCAGUUGGGAGAUGGAGCUGCUCUGUAUCUAGGCGAAGUGGUGAGCGAGAGUAACGACCGGUGGGAGCUGCAGCUGAAAGGGUCGGGGCUCACGCCUUAUUCCAGGACGGCAGAUGGCCGGAAAGUCCUGAGGUCGACGCUGAGAGAGUUUCUCUGCAGUGAACACAUGUCUGCAUUGGGAGUGCCAACGACUCGGGCAGGUAGUGUCGUGGUAUCCAGAGAGACGCAGGUGCUGAGGGACGUUUUUUACAAUGGCAACGCCAAGAUGGAGCCAACGGCCGUGGUCACGCGAAUCGCCAAAAGUUUCUUGCGAUUUGGCAGCUUUGAGAUUUUUAAAGAGCACGACCAGCUGUCGGGUCGCGCCGGACCAAGCGCCCACUUGAAUUACAAAGACGAGAUGAUGAAGCGGAUGCUGGACUUUACCAUUCAGCAAUAUUUUCCGGAGAUUAAUGGUGACAAGAAGUACAAACAGUUUUACAACGAGGUCGUGCGUCGCACGGCUAAAUUGGUGGCAAAGUGGCAGACGGUUGGGUUCUGUCAUGGUGUGCUGAACACGGACAACAUGAGUAUCGUGGGUGACACGCUGGACUACGGCCCGUUCGGUUUCAUGGAGCACUUUGAUCCAAAACAUAUCUGCAACACGUCAGAUGACCAAGGCCGCUACCGUUAUGAGGCUCAGCCUGAAAUCUGCAAGUGGAAUUGUACAGUGCUAGCUGAUCAGCUUGAACUCGUGACAGACCGCGCGGAGCUUGAUCCUGGUCUGAAAGCGUUUGAUGAAAUUUAUGAAGAAGAGUAUAUGCGCCUGAUGCGCGAAAAACUGGGCUUGUCGGCUCAGCGUGGGUGCAUCGAGGACAAGGCGCUUGUGAAUACGCUUUUUGAUGUGUUGACUCAUACAGGCGCAGAUUUUACUUGCGCUUUUCGUAUCCUGUCGAAGCUUGACGCUUACGAUUCCGGUGGGUCUCAUCGACAAACGCUAGACCAGCUCGUGGCAGUGUCUGAGACUUUGGCUGAGCAGAAGCGCAAAUUGGAGCAGGCAUCUAGCGGGAUUUCGGAUGCCCAGAUUAACAUGUGCUCGACGCUGCUUCAGAAUGAUCCUAGACGCGCUCGUCAAUACGGCGUUACUCCUGCACUCCUGGCACAGAUGAAAGCUACUCGCGAGGCAAAGAGGACUCUGGACGCGACCACGGACGACGAACGUUUGAGCAGUGUUCGUACUGCGUGGAAAGACUGGAUCGAUGUUUAUGUUUCGCGAAUCAAGGAUGAAGGCAUUGCUGCCAGUGAUGCUGAACGCCGUAGUCGAAUGCUUCGAGUGAACCCGUUGUUUGUGCUACGCAACCACGUCGCUCAAAAGGCCAUUGAUUUGGCCCACCAAGGCGACUAUGAUGGCGUUGAGCACAUUUACGAGCUGGUGACGCACCCAUUUGACGAACCUCGUGACGAGCGCGAUCUCGUGUAUGCUCAGCCGCAGGACCCAUCCACCGCCCCGCUUUGCGUAUCGUGUUCGUCGUAG